CUGCCCUCAAGCAAAAGCUAAGAAAAGUCACCAGCCGCACACCCAUUUUUCCAAAUAAACUCGCCUCAAUCGUCUCUUCCAUCACCAACCCAUGUCGUCGGAGGAGCCAUCCCGGAAGCGCAAGCAUCAGGAGGCGACCGCAGCCUCCGCCGCCGCCGUGACCAUCGAAGCCGACCCAUUGGCGGCAAACUACGGCGAGAUCCCGUUUAACGACCUCCAGUCGAAGGAAAUCUCCGGGAAGAAGUGGACGGAGGUGAAGGACCUGACCGCUGGGCUGAAAGUGAAGGACCAGGAGGUGCUGAACAGAGAGAGUAUCAUUGAUGCUGAAGGGAUUGUCUCCGUGCCGGCACAGCCCAUCACUGGCACGACUCAGCAGGCAGGUGAGCCGCUCGUGUGUGUAAAUCAGGACGCUCGUUUGAAAUAUAGAGAUCUUGACUUGCGCACCCGUGCUAAUCAGGAUAUUUUCAGAAUUAAGAGGCAAGUUCAGAAUAUAUUUAGGCAGUUCUUGCUGUCUGAAGGCUUUGUGGAGAUCCACACGCUAAAAUUAAACAAAGGAACACCUGCGUGCCUGGCACAAGCACCUCAGCUUCAUGAACAAAUGUUUAUUUAUGGUGGUUUUGCCCGUGUAUUUGAGAUCGGACCAGUCUUCAGGGAAGAGGAGUCAUCCACACACAGCGAUUUGUGUGAAUUCACAGGUCUUGAUGUAGAAAUGGAGAUUAAGGAGCACUAUUCAGAAGUGAUGGAUGUUGUGGACCGCUUAUUUGUGGCGAUGUUUGACAGUUUGAAUGAGACAUGUUCCAAGGAGCUUGAAGUUAUCAAUAGGCAAUAUCCUUUUCAGAAAUUGAAGUAUUUGGGCAAGACCUUACGGCUUACCUUUGAAGAAGGGGUGCGAAUGCUGAAGGAAGCUGGCGUUGAAAUUGAUCCCCUUGGAGAUCUCAACACAGAAUCAGAGAGAAAGCUUGGCCAGCUUGUACUUGAGAGGUAUGACACUGAGUUCUUUAUCCUUCACCGCUAUCCUUCGGGUGUAAGGCCAUUCUAUACGAUGCCGUGCGAUGAUAAUCCAAACUACAGCAACUCAUUUGAUGGUUUCAUCCGAGGUGAGAAAAUUAUAUCAGGGGCUCAGCGUGUUCACGUGCGCGAGCUCUUGACUGAGCGUGCACAGGCAUGUGGAAUUGAUGUUGAGACGAUAUCUACAUACAUUGAUUCCUUCAGGUAUGGAGCACCACCGCACGGCGGGUUUGUAGUGCGGUUGGAGCGUGUGGUGAUGCUUUUCUGGGCUCUGAAGAAUAUCACGAAAACAAGUGUUUUCCCGCGCGAUCCUCGGAGGAUUGCGCCAUAAUUGUUCUCGUUUUCGGUUUCUAAUAUUCAACUCGCAUUUUUAGGGAUUGUAUAUAGAUUCCUUCAGGUGUAUAUAGUUAUGCAAAGUUUCUAAUUCAGUUUUUAGUUAUAUUUU